CCAAUUUGGGAGCGAUUAUGGGAAUCCGGUUUGGUUCCUUUAGUUUUAGACAGUCGUCUGGACGUCCAUGUGCUGCUAAUAAUCCAAACACACCGGAUCGCUCAUUUAAAGGAUAUAACCGGGUGAUUUCGAAGACAUAGACUACUAAAACAUCAAGGGUUGAAAAGCGGGAGAGGACUGGAAGUUCUGGUUUUUCAGGGAAUAAUAGGAGACUAAGUGUAGGGGUAAGGUCUUGUUCUGGAUUGGUCAGUAUGCAGAGCUGGGUGACUCUGGCUCUUUUGCUGAGCUUCGGGGUCAAUCGCUACCUCGCACAGAACGGUUUGGGUGAACCUCCUGUGCCUCGUGGUUUAACCUUAAAACCCGAUUUACCAGCACAGACUCUUUCUUUGACAUGGCAGAGUGACUCAUGGCUUUUUGACCUGGAGGUUUUCCACACCGAGCUCAUGAAUGUGGUGCUGAAUGAGACGGUGGCAGUUCAAACAGAUCCUGUGACAAGAAUGCAUAGCUGGACUUGGCACUCUCCGUUACCCUUGGAGUGCACUUCUCAUUCUGUUCGCAUCAGAGCACGAAACCAGCAGUCGGUCAGCCAGUGGAGCCCCCUUCAGACCAUUCCAGGGUGGGAUAUUCCUAAGAAGUCUUACAUGUUUCCCCAAGAUAAAAUGGUUCCUGUGGGCAGUAACAUGACCUUCUGCUGUAUUGUUAACGAAAAGGAAGAUUUCAAAGAAAUGAAGUAUGGGCGUCAGGAAAUGAACGCCACACGACUGAGCAGAAGAACGUAUGCCAUCACAGUAACCAACCAGCCAGCGUCUGACAACACGGGCACCAACGUGAUCUGCUCUUCCCAAAAGUUGCAGAUCCUCACAGGAGCUGUGGUGUUCGUAGGCUAUCCACCGGGCGAUGAGGGCUUGGUCUGCGAGACGAGGGACCUGGCAUCCGCAGAAUGUUCUUGGAAAAAAGGACGAGACACUCACUUGAAAAUAAAGCGCAGCCACACUAAUUACACCCUUAAUGGAAGGGACUGUUUGGAGGCUAAUGAAAGGAAGACGUGGUGUAGCUCGAAGAUCUGGGAGGAGAACUGGACUCUGGUGGCUCGAAAUCCUCUAGGAACAGUCCAGCUAACGGACUCGGCCCAACUCACUGACCGCGUACAUCUGUUGGCUCCAGUGGAUGUGGUAGCUGUUAAAGGCGAGGCGUGGAGCGUCACACUGCAGUGGAGCUGGUCUGUGGAGGCGUAUAAAAAGCUGGAGAUGGUCUGCCAGCUGCGGCUCUUCGCUCAUGAACUUUCCAGCACACGUAACUACGAUGGUCCAGGUUUAUCUUCUGUGGUGCUGGAGGGUUUGUGGCCAGAUGUGGAUUACACUGUGACAGUGCGCUGCGGCUCCAAGCACGGUUUCUGGAAGUGGGGGGAUGAGAGCGCCCCCUACAGGAUCCACACUAAAAUGGACCGUCCUGAUGCUCUUGAUGUCUGGAUGUGGAUGGAUGGCAGUAACACAGGACGUGUGUUUUGGAAACCUCUGUCUGUGAGAGAAAGUCACGGUGCAUUAGUCGGCUACGAGGUUUCUCAGAGCUCAGCCGAGGAGGACGGCUGGAAAAUGGUUUCUCUUCCUCCUGGGAACUUCAGCUAUCCCAUAAUCCUUAACAACAGCAGUGACAUCACCGUUGCCGUGGCCGCACGAAAUCCAGCUGGUCUCUCUCAGCCUUCCACUGUGACCACACCAGCAUACAGAGCAGACUCCCAGCUGUCUGUGUCUGAGCUGUUAGGCACUAAUGGAUCAUUUGUCCUGUCCUGGGAGCCUGAUGUCAAUGCGAGCAGAGGGUACGCUGUGGAGUGGGUCCCGACUGGCUGCAGUGGACUCUGCCGCGUCGACUGGAAGAAACUUCCAGAAUCAGCCAGCAGCUUCACAGUGAACUCAGACUGUCUGGUGGCAGGAGUGAGGUACACCGUAUCCGUGUACUCUCUCUCGACCGGCGCUCCUACGCUGCUGCAGAGAUGGCAGGGAUACUCACAGGAGAUGAUUCCUUCUCAGUCGGUCGCGGAGCUGUUACUCAAUCAGACUGGCUCUGACGUGCUGCUGUCUUGGAAAGCCACCGAGAUGAAACAGCACAGAGGCUUCAUACGUGGAUACACCAUCUACCUGGCAAACGCUGCACAUCUGGAUCUCAUCGCUAAUAUCACUGAUCCUGCAGUGCAGUCGUACAGGGUGAAGGGUUUGUCUCUGAGCUCGUAUAAGUUCGUAGUGAAGGCCUACACCUCUGCUGGGGAGGACGGGGGGGCCACUGUGGCCAUUAAAAUGGAGAUGGACACAGCUGACAUGCUGUUUGUUGGCAUUCUCGUGCCGUUGGGAAUCAUGUUCUGCUGUCUCAUCCUCGUCAGCAUCUGCUGCUACAGCAAGAGAGAGUGGGUAAAGAAGUCUUUCUAUCCUGAAAUCCCUGGACCUAAAGUAUCUGGAGACUGGUCCUCUCCACGGGGUCCUCUGGAUGUCAAGCCCUCUCCUCACAGUCUGGUCCACAUUGUGGAGAAUCCAGGGUGGGGUUUCUCUAAGGAAGGUCUGUUCCCGGUCCCAGAGGAAGAGGAGGAGUCUGAGAAAGACAACAUGGAGGUCGACACGGACUCGGAUGAGCCGGCCCUGCUGAGAUACUACAAACAGGUGGUCGAUGACAGCUCGCACAGUAACCAGGUGUUAGACUCCUCUGGUUCCUCGACCCUAUCAGUGGGCUCCACGCAGACUGAAAUCACCUACGCAGGCAUCCAGAACCCCAUCCCCUCGCAGGGGGCGUGUGCUGGCGGAGGUUACAGGCCUCAAUUGCAGUCCGUAGAAGGUCCAGCCGAGCCCCAAAUCGAAUUCGAAGCCGACUUCCAAGACGAUGGCUUGAAUGCAGGCUACAAACCCCAGUGUUCCUGGCAGCUGGAUUCUCCAGAGGCGGAAAACUUAAGCGGUUCGCUUGGCAGCCCGACAUCGGUCACAUCAUCCCAAUUCCUCAUCCCAGAAUCCUCUGAAGAGAAACCACAGCCUUCAAACACCUGGUUCCACAAUUUUCUCUCUGGAAAAACCUGAGAAGGCACUAGCUUUUAUUUUUCACUUUCGUUUUGUGCCGUCCACCUUUACCAAGGAUGUUUUUCGUUUUUUUUUAGGCUUUGUGCCCUAACUGGAAAUCCCUCAUAUUUACAUAAUCAGCAUCACUACUGUUUCUCAAGUUCUUGUGAUACUGACCAGACAGGUGAAAGACUACUGGAGAGCUGAAGGUGGUCGUAUCUUCUCGUGCUCGUUUGGAGCAGUAUGACGUUUUCCUUUAGGAUCGUCGCUUCUAUUCAUACGACAGUGUUUGUGCUUCCUUCUUGCAGUGUUUAUUGGAGUGAUCGCAGUAAAUCUACAUCCUUACAGCAUUAUAUUGCUAUAUUGCUUUUCUUCAGUCCUUAUUUUACUAACAGUUUUGUGGCAGUCAGACGUAGUUGAUUGACUCUAGCAGGUUUGCAUACAUUUCUCUCGUAAAACAGGCUGCUUUGCAUUUGAAAAGGUCAAAACCAGUGCAUUUAAGGCUUGUUUUUAAAGCUGCAUCGUGAUUAAAAAAAAAUUGUAUGUAGCUUCAUGCAACUUUCUCGAAUUUUGAUGUCUGUUUAAGCAGACACAUGUGGAAUAAGCUGACAUAUCAAAAGGAAAAUGGGAGAAACUUGUCUCUGUU